UCUCGUUAUUCCUGCAAAAGUUUGUUAGAAUUAAUUUGAUCGCUUGAACACCAACAAACAGUAUAAUCGUGUACCAAUCAAAAUCAUCUUCGAACAAGUGUCACAGCCGUAGUUCGUGCUCAAGCGGUUUUUCUUUUACAGCAUGAAUAAUAGUAAAAGAUUUGUGGCGUAGUGAAUAAUAGUGAAUCAAAAUACAAAAAAUGCGAGGAAUGAUUGGAACACCGAUGAAAGGCCAAUUAAAAAAUUGUUGAAAAUACAAUUAAUUCGUGCGUGAUGAAUUUUUAAGCGAGUAAACUUUCUUUGCAUCAAAUGAUCUUUGUAUAUACACAUAUUGCUGUUUGUCAGCGUUUUAAAAUGGCGGACUUGAACGAGAAAUUGUUGGCAGAUCUCCUCAAAAAACCUGGAAAUAAUGUGUGCGCGGAUUGUGGUGCAAAAAAUCCAGAAUGGGCUUCUUAUAACAUAGGAAUAUUUGUAUGCACGAGAUGUGCGGGAAUUCAUAGAUCGAUGGGUGCGCACAUUUCCAAAGUUAAACAUUUGAAGUUAGAUAGGUGGGAAGAUUCUCAAGUGAAUAGAAUUAGAGAAGUUGGUAAUGUAGCAGCUAGACUUCAUUACGAAGAACGCGUGCCGCCCUGUUAUCGCAGACCAAGUUCAGACGCACCGCAAGUAUUGGUGGAGCAAUGGAUAAGAGCAAAAUACGAAAGAGAAGAGUUUUGUCAUCCGGAAAGGCAGAAUCAUUAUGUUUCAGGGUUUAUGGAAGGAUUUUUAAUGAAACGAGGGAAAGAAGAUUCACGCUAUCAUCCUCGGAAGUUUGUCCUGUGCGAAGCAGAAGAUACUCUUAAGUAUCACGUUAAAGAGAACAAGGAACCCAAAGCUGUUCUUAGAAUAUCAGAAUUGAACGUAGCUUUUGCUCCCCCAAAAACUGGUAAUCAAAAUAGUCUACAAAUAUCAUUCAUGAAGGAUGGUACAACGAGACAUAUCUACGUAUACCACGAAGACCCGGAAGUAAUUACAAAUUGGUAUCUAGCAAUACGGUGUGCGAAACUACACCGUUUAAAAGUUGCGUAUCCAGGUGCGACGGAAGCUGAAUUACUUUCACAACUUACCAGAGACUUUCCGCGCGAAGGAUUCUUGUGGAAGACUGGGCCUAGGCAUACAGACGCGUAUAAAAAAAGGUGGUUUACAUUAGAUGGACGAAAACUAAUGUACCAUGAUGAUCCUAUGGAUGCGCACCCAAAAGGCGAGAUCUUCUUGGGUCAUUGUUCAGACGGGUUUGCUGUGAAAACAGGAGUACCUCCAGGUGCAAGGGAUCAAGGGUUUUCAUUUACUCUUGAAACACCAGACAGGACCUAUCUCCUUUCUGCUCAAAGCGACGAUGAUAGAACGCAAUGGAUGAACGUGAUUCAAAAGGUGAUAGACAAGCCACUUACCCCGCAAGAUGCAACUAUGGCAGCGCGUCUUAUUAGAAAACGUACAGCUAGCGGAACAAUAAAUAUAUUUUCUUCUACAAGGUAGGGCUGGAUCCCACUUAGGUGCCUUUCCUAAUUAUUAAAAAUCAAUAUUACCUAGACGAACCAAUUGAACUAUUAUAUUAAGAAAUUAUUGAGGAAAUAGAUUACUCGACAUGCAUUACAAAUGUGUAACGUGUCGUAAUCGCACAAUGUCGUUAAUUCAUAUAAUAUGUAUUUAUUCAUAAUUACGCACGUUAUAUCAUAUAUCUUACGCGUGCAUGCGCGCGUGCGCGUAUGCGUGUAUGUACAUAUAUAACAUUAUAAAAGAAUCUUUUAAUCGAUCGUAAAACCAUUUUUAAUGUUUU